AUGCGGUAUCCGGGGCGUCUUAGGGACGACCGCAAAAGUCUGGCUCUUGCUCUCGAAACAAGAUCGGAAGAAACGCAAAUAAUUUCUCACGCCACGCUAGACAUGAGCCUUGAUAACGGCGCGAUCCUCCAGACGUUACGUAUGCCCGACAACAAAUAUCCCUUAGAAUACGAUGCGCUUAGCUCGUCGCUGCGCACUUGGUCCCAACGACUGGUCCACUUUAGCGUCCGAGGCGUUGUCGACGAAUCACUAUUCUGGCCCCACGCGCAGGACAACGCAGCCGUAGCUUCUCUAGAGUGGCGGACCGACGAAGACGAGGACCAUCGUGUCCGUAACGUGCCCAACGAGGACGCCAUUCAGCCCUUGCUCGAGGCCUGGGCAAAGGCAUUGGCGCGCAUGCCCCUGCUACGGCGGGCCAAGGUCGGCUUCGAGGUGGAAAUUCCCAACAGCGAGACGUAG